UGAAAAGGAGUGUGAUAAUAUGUUUAUUGAAUGACGAGAGGUGAUUUGUGUGUGUUUCCAUCCACAGGUAAUGACUUCUCAGUCAUUCUCUCUAUAUCUUCCAGUGCAUGUAAAAUGCUUUCGUUGUAAUUCAACACAGUUAAGUGCUACUUUUCAGCGGCUCUGCUUAUACGUACCAACCAGUUAGCUCAUUCAGUUUGAUUCCGUCACUUCAGCGGAAGCACAAAGAUUUUGUUGUUCCUCAUCUAGGAGGGGAUUGAUCAAAUAUCUCCUAUAUCUCCUAGAUUGAAAUUCUAUCUCCUGAAUAUUUAAUUACAUACGUGAGUGUGAGUGUAUAGUGAAUAUUUUGAACAUAUCCGGAUUUAAAAAAAAAGGUGAAAAGAAUUUCAAGAGAAUUUCUAAAGAGUGGUCUGCACUCGAUGUGUGAUUGGGUGGAAAAGAGCUGAUUUAGCAGGGAAUUGGAGCCUUACCUGACACUGUGGCGCUUUCAAAAAUUCACCUGGGUAGUCGCAGACUGAAGAAUUCCAUCAUAACGGUAGCUUCCGGAGUGCGAAAGGUGGAAUUAUAUUUUGGCAAAAAUCAAGCAUCGUGAGAAAGUUCUCUUUCAUGGGUUCACUUGUGAUACCAGAAACAUAGCAAUAUGAACUUCUUGAGCCGCUUCAAGCUAGUCAUCUUAAAAUUAGUGAUAUACAAUUUAUCAAAAGUCUAUUCCCACAUAAUUGUUACUAAUUAUGGUGGCCUGGAGGGUAACCAGGACGUGCUUUGGAGCACUAAUAAUAUCUCAAGUCUUCCGCGUAGUGUGACUCCACUUUUGGAGGUCUUAAAUCGAACUCAUACACCGCCACCGGUACCAAGUGAUGAUUUUGAUCUUCUGCGGCGGCUGAAAGAGGCGGCGCGUCGGGAUGAUGUAGGCGACGAGAGGAUGCUCUGGAAUGACGCGUCGCCUGAAAGUUCAAUGUAUCCGCCACUUGUGGAGAAAGCUUUGAAGCUUUUUAAUUUGAAGCAAGUGGCUUAUGAGAUAGAGACCAGUGUCAUGUCUAAAGUUUCAUGUACGGCUUGCAAAGCUGGUGCUGGACUACUUCAGCAUUAUAUAAAGACAGGACGUAGCAAGGAAGAGAUCGUGAAAACUAUCUUUCAAUAUUGCGUUUAUCUAAAGAUCCAGAGUCGCAGAGUGUGUGAAGGUGUUAGCCAACUAUUUGGAGUUGAAGUGAUCUACGUGCUGGAACGUAUAACAAUUGGCCCAGAUGAAAUUUGCAGUUUUGUGAUUGGAGAUGCAUGUGGGGAUGUGUACAAUCCAUAUCACGAAUGGGAAGUUGCUUUUCCACCAGUAGCAAAACCUGAGCCAAAGGAAAUUCCACUACCUAAGGAGGGAGCUCCUCUGUUCAAGGUGCUCCAUCUAUCUGAUACUCAUUAUGAUCCCUACUAUGCCCAAGGCUCGAAUGCAGAAUGUAAUGAACCUCUAUGUUGCCGGAUAACAAAUGGGCUUCCCACGACGCCCAAUGGUGCUGCUGGAAAGUGGGGAGAUUACCGGAAAUGUGACACACCACAGCGUACGAUAGAUCAUUUGUUGCAUCACAUCGCCACGACUCACACUGAUAUCGAUUACAUUUUGUGGACGGGUGAUUUACCUCCCCAUGAUGUAUGGAAUCAAACAAAGGAGGAAAAUCUGAAGAUAAUUAAAGAUACUGUUAGACAAAUGUCUGAGAGUUUCCCAGGCAUUCCCAUUUUUCCAGCUCUUGGAAACCACGAGAGUGCACCAGUAAACAGUUUUCCACCGCCUUAUAUUAAUCAGGUAGAUACAUCAAUCUCUUGGCUAUACGAUGAGCUGGAUGUGCAGUGGCGUAAGUGGUUGCCCAGUAGUGUUUCCCAUACGGUGCGUCGAGGUGCAUUCUACUCUGUUCUUGUGCGUCCGGGUUUUAGAAUAAUUUCUCUCAACAUGAAUUACUGCAAUAACAAAAACUGGUGGCUCCUUCUCAACUCCACAGAUCCCGCUACAGAGCUACAGUGGCUCAUAUAUGAGUUGCAAAGUGCUGAAUUUUCAAAUGAAAAAGUCCACAUCAUUGGACAUAUCCCACCUGGACAUUCGGAUUGUCUCAAAGUGUGGUCACGGAAUUACUAUCGCAUAGUAUCGCGAUAUGAAAGUGUGAUUACAGCACAAUUUUUUGGGCAUACGCAUUUUGAUGAAUUUGAGAUUUUCUACGAUCCCGACGAUCUCAGUCGGGCCACUAACAUCGGAUACAUUGGACCAUCCGUCACUCCAUAUUAUGACCUUAAUCCAGGAUAUCGCAUUUACUAUGUGGAUGGAGAUCAUUCAGCUACUACGCGAUUAGUGAUAGACCAUGAAUCUUGGAUCAUGAAUUUACGUGAGGCGAAUCUUUAUGAUUAUCCCAUUUGGUACAAACUUUACUCCACGAGAGCUGCAUAUGCUAUGAAAGGUUUGCGACCGUCGGAUUGGGAUGAAUUUGUGACGAAAAUGGCAGAAAAUCAGGAGCUCUUCGACCUGUAUUACAAGCACUACUGGAAGAAUUCAAUUGUGCGGCCCCAAUGCAAUUUCGAGUGUAAGAAGAGGAUUUUAUGCGAUGCCAAAAGUGGUCGGAGUCACGACAGGAAGCACUUUUGUGCCGAGGUUGAAUCCAAAAUUGACGAUUACAGCAACAAAGAAUGAAUGUCCUUAUGUCGAUAGCAAAAUUGCCAAAGUACGUCAUAGGGCUGGGAUAACGACGCAGGAGAUUUCAUCCCGAAGAUUGUGCCGAGAUGCCAUUUGUGUUUUAUAAGAUUUGCAAUAAAUUUAAUUAACUUGACCACAA